CCUUCUCAGUAGUCUGCCUGUACACUCCUCGUCCACUUUGCAGUUCUCCAGAGUCCGUCACUGCGGCAUCAUGUGGGCCCUGGGCUUCCGGCUCUGCUUCCUCCUCACGCUGGCGGCACAGGUGGACUCCAACGGUACCUGGUGCUAUGACUCCCAAGACCCAAAGUGUGGCCCUGCCCACUGGAAGGAGCUAGCACCUGCCUGUGGGGGCCCAACCCAGUCCCCUAUCAACAUUGACCUUCGAUUGGUCCAGCGGGACUAUGCUCUUAAGCCCUUCAUCUUUCACGGCUAUGACUCAGCACCUCAAGAUCCUUGGAUCCUGGAGAAUGAUGGCCAUACAGUGCUACUGCGAGUACAUUCCUGUCAGCAGAACUGCCCAGCCAUCGGAGGUGCUGGGCUCCCAUCAUCAGAAUACCGGUUACUGCAGCUGCAUUUCCACUGGGGAAGCCCAGGGCACAAAGGCUCAGAGCACAGUGUGGAUGAGAAGCAUGGCUCUAUGGAGAUGCACAUGGUCCACAUGAACACAAAGUACCAGAGCAUGGGGCAUGCGCGGAGCCAACCAGAUGGGCUGGCUAUACUGGCUGUGCUAUUGGUGGAAGAGGACAAGGACAAUACCAAUUUCUCUGCCAUCGUGUCUGGUCUGAAAAAUGUAUCUUCACCUGGGGUCUCUGUGAAUCUGACGUCCACCUUUGCGCUGGCCUCUCUGCUGCCAAGUGCUUUGGGACUUUUGCGCUACUACCGAUACUCUGGGUCUCUGACCACGCCAGGCUGCGAGCCCACGGUGCUCUGGACUGUCUUUGAAAACACCGUACCCAUUGGGCAUGCGCAGGUAGUCCAGUUCCAGGCCGUGCCCCAGACUGGGCCACCAGGUUUGCACCCCAGACCACUCACAGAUAAUUUCCGCCCCCAGCAGCCUCUUGGAGGGCGAAGGAUAUCAGCCUCUCCUGGAGCAUCCAUCCGAUCAUCAGCCCCUAUCCGGCCCUGUUUGCACUUGGCUCUUUUGGGCUUGGGAGUUGGCCUGAGGCUCUGGCAGGGUCCCUAGGAUCCACAGUGACCCCCACAAUAGUGUUUCCACAAUAAAUCAUGCACAGUGA